CAUCCAUGCUGCUGCCAGGAGGGUCCAGAAGUGUCUCAUGGGUCCCUUGUACGGCCUCCCAUUGCUGCUGUCUCCAUCGCCCCCAACACUCUGGCCAUGUGGCCACUCUUUCAGGUCUCCUCACAUGCUGGUGUUGUGUUCCAUUUUGUCAUAGGGUUUGCUGGCUGCUGCAGAUUACGGGCCUCCCCAUUGCUGCUGCUGCCAGGCCCGUAAUCUGCCAUGGGGCCCCCGUACCGCCUCCCUCAUGCUGCUGCCAGGUCCAGCCAGUCUCUCAUGGGUCCCUGUACGGCCUCCCAUUGCUGCUGUCUCCAUCGCCACACUCUUGCCAUUGUGCCACUUUCAGGUCUCCUCACACUGCUGGUGUGUUCCAUUUUGUCAUAGGGUGCUGGCAGAUUACGGGCCUCCCAUUGCUGCUGCCAGGCCUGUAAUCUGCCAUGGGCCCCUGUACCGCCUCCUCAUGCUGCUGCCAGGUCCACAGUGUCUCAUGGGUCCCUGUACGGCCUCCCAUUGCUGCUGUCUCCAUCGCCACACUCUGCCAUGUGCUACUUUCAGGUCUCCUCACACUGCUGGUGUGUUCCAUUUUUUGUC